UCUCUUUUAAUCCAAAUAAAUAAAAUAAAUUAAAAUUAUAAUUAAAUAAAUAAAUGACCAAAACAAGCAACAUUUAACUGAACGGAUGUUUUACUUGUUUUGGAUAAUUUCUCCAGACUUCCCUGAGUAAGAUGGCGGCCGCCGUGCUGCGUCACAGCAGCCUCUCGUCCUGGAUUGGUGUUCAGCAGUCACGUGACCUCCGCUAACCAAUCAGGCUGCUCACUGAUCAGACUGAACACAUCCACAGGAAGGCUAACGGUUUCUGUCCAAAUACUGACGGUUCGACCCAAAUCUUUCACAUUUCUCCGGUUUUGGAUCAUUUACUCAGUAUUUGACUCAUUCCGUUGAUAAAUACAGAUUUAUAUGAAGAAUAAAUGUUAAAAUAACAGAGAAAUUAUCCUAUAAGUGCUUCGUCUCCGUCAGGUUUUGCUAACAACAUUAGCGGGUGGUUCGGUGGUUCGGUGCCCCCCCCUCCCCCCGGUCCAUCUGAAGGUUCCGAUGGAGGUGCUAACAUGCUAGGACCAUGUUCAAGAAUGUGUUCGGUUCGGGUUUUCUGGUGAGAACGGCUCAUGUGGUUCUGACGUGGGUCGUAACGCUGAUCCUCUUCCUUCACGAUACAGAGCUGAGGAAGCAGGAGGAGACGGGUCAGCUGGUGCAGCCGGUUCUGUUCGUCCUGCUGGUUCUGGUGUCGGUGCUGCUGUACUUCACUGUGUCCCUGAUGGACCCGGGUUUCAUCCUGUCUGAUGACCCAGACCUGCAGUCUGGGGGUGUCGGAGGAGCAGCAGGACAUGAUCGGCCCCGGGUCCAAAUCCCUGCGUCAGCGCCGCUGUGGUCACUGUCUGCUGCAGAUGUGUGUUUGUGCUCUGAGCAGCAGCCAAUGAGGUCGAAGCACUGUCAGACGUGUCAUCACUGCGUGCGGAGGUACGACCAUCACUGCCCGUGGAUCGAGAACUGUGUGGGGGAGCAGAACCACCGCUGGUUCGUGGUCUACCUGGCGGUCCAGCUGCUGGUUCUGGUCUGGGCCCUGCACAUCACCUGGACCGGCCUGGUUCUGGUCCCCGGCUUGUCUCCGUGGCUGCGGUCCAACGGGGUCCUGCUGGUGGUCCUGGUGCUGCUGGUGCUGCUGGCCCUGGUGGUCCUGCUCCUGCUGGGGUCUCACCUGUACCUGGUCUCCCUGAACACCACCACCUGGGAGUUCAUGUCCCGCCACCGCAUCUCCUACCUGAAGCACUGCGGCGCCGAGCAGAACCCCUUCGACCGCGGGACCCUGCUCAACCUGUGGGGGUUCUUCUGCGUGUGGGGGUCCGUGGUCUGGGAGCAGGUCUACUUCAGGGAGGGCAGCGACCCCGUUUAGGCUUUGACCUGGGUCCAGGGAUCAGACCCAUCAGACCAGAACUCAGUCCUGACCCACAAUCCAUCAGAACCAAAACCUCCAGGACCAGGACCCAAGUGGGUCAGAACCUGACCCGGUCUGAGACUGGAUCAGAGGAUCAGCUCCUCGUCGUAGAACAAAGGUCACCAGAACCAGAACCAGGACCAGGACCAGGACCAGAACCAGUUUAUUCUCCUGUUUGUUUGUGGAUCAGUAAUCCUAAUCUGGAACUAAUCUGGAUUAAAUCUUUUCUUCAGGAAAUCUAAUCUGAGCCGCUCUGGUUCUGGUUCUGGUUCUGGUUCUGGUCUUUAAAGACAAGAGGAGCUCAGAUGAUUUUAUAUUUAUUUAUUAAAAGAAUCAAAUAUUUUUAUUAAAAUAAACAUUUUUAUUUCUUAAACUUUUCAGCGUCUGAUGAAAAACAACAAGUUAAAGUUUGUAAACAAUCCUGAACAAACACGACUCCCUCGGACCGGGACCAGAUCCAGAUCCAGGACCAGGACCAGGAUCAGGACCGGGACCAGCUGUAAAUAUCUUCAGGUGUUUGAACAGAACUUGUAAACAGGAAGUGAAUCAGAGGUUCUGCUGGGACCCGGUCCACCUGAGAGCAAUAAGUGUUGUUUGUGUUUACAGCUGUUGUUGUUGUUGUUUAUUUGUUUAUGUUGUGAACUCAAAGCAAUAAUGUCCUGCAGUGUUUUUUACCUCCAGCUGUAAACAGAAUAAAUUAGUUUCUGUUCCA